AGCCGUUCUGGCUGAAGCGACGCUGGCGCAACUCUGCCACUGCCGCGGAACAGUCGAGUUUUCCAUGAGAGGCGCGCGCCUCCUUGUGCUGGUUUCGGCUAGAUGGCUGGCGUCCGUAGCUGAACGGUCCACGUUGGCUCCCAUCGAAGAUGCUGUUCAAGCGGGGUGGUGUACGUGGUGGCAAUGGGGCCCCUUCACAGAGGCACAACGGAUUCUUGCCGCUGGCAGAGGGCGUCGCGAUCCAGCGAGACGCACAGAGGGAGGGGUUUCCGCCCCUGGCCCACAGCCGCGACGGAUUCUUGCCGCUGACAGAGGACGUGGCGAUCCAUCGCGUCGUGCAGGGCGCGGGACGCACAGGCGGCACCUCUGCCUGUGCAGCUGCUCGGCACUGGCGCGACGUGACCGAGCGGAGGGCCGUGGAAACAGAGCAGGCGGCUGGUGCUAGCAAAGAGGCCGCGCGGCCUAUCCGGGACGCCGGCCCAGAGCCUCCGCCCCAGGCCGUGGCCAGGCCGGAGGCUCUGCUGCAGGACGCGGAGGCGACGGCCCGCUUUCGGGCCGCGCAGGCCAUGGGGGAGGGCGGCUCCAAGGCCGCGCUGUGGCAGUCGACAGUGAGCCAGCUGAAGGCUGGGCUGCGGGCGCGCAUCAUUUGGGGGUCCCGCAGGUUUUCUGCAAAGGUCAUCGGGGCGGGCGGCCCCGAGGCGGUGCUCCAGGCCGUGGGCGAGCUGAAAUCUCGGCUGCAGGACGAGGACGCGAAUGUCCGCACGUCAGCCGCAAAGGCCGUCGGGAAGGGCGGCCCCGAGACGGCGCUCCAGGCCGUGGGCGAGCUGAAGGCGCUGCUGCGGGACGAUGGCGCGGGGGUCCGCGAGUGGGCAGCAGAGGCCAUCGGGAAGGGCGGCCCCGAGGCGGUACUCCAGGCUGCGGGCGAGCUGAAGGCGCUGCUGCAGGACGAUGGCGCGGGGGUCCGCAAGCUUGCCGCAGAGGCCAUCGGGCACGGCGGCCCCGAUGCGUCGCUCCAGGCCGGGAGCGAGCCGAAGUCUGGGCUGCAAGACAAGGGCGUGAAUGUCCGCGAGUGGGUCGCAAAGGCCAUCGGGAAGGGCGGCCCCGAGGCGGUACUCCAGGCUGGGGGCGAGCUGAAGGACCUGCUGAAAGACAAGGAUGCGGCCGUCCGCAGCCAGGUCGAGGCUACAUUCAGUUCGUUUGGUGCCAUGAUAGAGGGCAG